GCAACAAUAUGAUUUCCCCAACAGUAGUUCGUAAAUUUAGUUACACUUACAGUAAACUGGGUAAUUUUCGCUGCUUUUCAAGUCAAAUUUGCACAAGAUAUCGAGUGCCAAAAUUUCUGUGUAUUUACAACUGUAAAAGGGAAUCUCUCAAUAGGCCUAGUGUUUUGCCUUACAUUACUUUUGCUAAAAGUAAAAGAUUCUCUUUCGUAAAUAUAAAAUUAUUACGCAUGAUGGCAUCAUCAGAAAGUGAAGAUUUACCGGAUAGUGAUAAAAAAAAAUAUUUGAAGAUGCCUUUGAAUGAAAAGAGACUCCACUAUAAGUGUUCCAAGUAUGUCACAUUGGGUGAUGUUCCAUCAUGGCCUGAUUACUACAAAAACAAAUGCUUACAGAAGGAUAGUGAUACUUCAUCUGGUCUUGUUCAACAUGGUAUAAACAAAAAGAUUUCCUUGUUCAUUGGUGAUAUCACUGCUCUUGAAAUAGAUGCCAUUGUGAAUGCUGCCAAGAAAUCUUUGAGAGGAGGAGGAGGAGCCUUGAAUCAGAUUCAGCAUUCAUCCUGCUGUACUUGGAUUACAGGAUCACGAAUGAUGAAAAUAAUGUUUAACAUGGUUGAUGGUGCCAUACAUCGAGCAGCUGGUCCAAGCCUGCUAGAAGAAUGUAUUGCUUUAGGGGGAUGCAAUACUGGUGAUGCAAAAAUUACAGGAGGCUAUAAGCUACCUGCAAAGUAUGUAAUUCAUACUGUUGGGCCAAUUGGAGAAAACCCUGAGAGUCUUCGCAGCUGUUACUUAAAAUCAUUGGACCAGUUAUUAGAAAACAAGCUCGAAAGUGUGGCCUUUCCCUGUAUCUCUACUGGAGUUUACGGUUAUCCAAAUGAUAAAGCAGCAGAGGUGGCUUUAAAAGCCAUCAAGGAAUGGCUGGAGACAGAUGACAAUAUUUCUAAGGUUCAGUGCAUCAUGUUUUGCCUUUUUCUUGAAAAAGAUGUCAAAGUUUAUGAAGAGUUGAUGCAACAAUAUUUUCCUUGCACCUGAUAAACCUCUUGAAAUGUCUGGAAGUAAUAUAUAUAUAUCUAUAUAUAUAUGAACUAUUUUCAAAUUAUUUACCAAUGCAGAGUAAUGAAGCAUGAAGUCAGUUAUCAAACUUUUUUUAUUUAUUGUGUAACCCCGCAGGUCCCACAGUUUUUUAAAUAUUUGGUAUAGGUAGUUAUGUGAUGUAUGUGAAAAUCUCUCAACAAACUUUCUUUCAGAUAAUGAAAUGUUUAAUAUUUUUUUAUUGAGGCUUAACUAAAAAAACAACAUUGAAUUAGUUUGUGAGUGUAUAGUAUUGAAAGGAACAGAACUUAAUUUUUUGAGUUUAAAACUUUUCUCAGACUUAUUUUUUAUGAAUUUUUGCUUCUGAGAACACUUAAAAUCAGGAAUCCCAUGAAAAUAAUAAUGCUUAUGAAAAAUGGCUAUAAGCAGGAUUCACUUAACAAAAUUUAGUGUCUAACUAAUCCAUCUUAUAUGUUUGUGUGUAUACAGAGGUGUGAAUCUUUGAUCUAUUGUAAACAAAUUUUGGUUUAUAAUAUAAUAUAAUAAUUGGUUUAUAAUUCUGAAAAUACAGAACUCCACUACCAAUUGCCAUCCAUAGACAGCCAGUUUUGUACUGUUCAAAAUAAUGCAUAUUUAUAAUAUGUUGACCUGUUCACUAUAAAAACAUAGCCAGGAAAUGUAUAAGAUACAAAUUUCAUUUCUCUUUCACAAUUUUCAAGUUCAUUCGAAGUCCUGCCAUAUCCAACUUCAGCAAAAAUAUAGAUUCUUCAUAAAUAAUGGGAAAUUGAUUGUGAAUUUCUUCCAUUGUGUUAGAAUUUGUUAAAUAAAGCCACAGGUAAAAACCUCGUGUAAUGGAUGUCUGAAUGUUUUGGUUUGUUUUCAGUUUUUUGAAAGGGCAAGUAUAAGAUUUCAGACAUAUGAUUUUUGCAGUGUUCAUAUUGUUUAAAAGACCACAUUUUCCUAUGAUAAGUGUUCCAUUAGUUAAAUAACCAAAAAAUUGUGGCAUUCGGUUGUUUAAGGUAUUUUUAAUAAAAUGUGAAUAUGUGCCACUAAAACAAAGUUUGAGUUCUUGCAUUAAAAAUGCUUGUUUUUGGCAACUGAAAGAUACUGAAAUUUAUACCUAAAUAAGUUUGUCAUUGUAAUUUUAUGUAUACUUAUAUACACAAGUCUGAGUUAAGUAUUUAUGGGUGAAAUUUUUUCUUUCAAACAAUACUAUAUGUAGAUAGUUGUCAACAUAUGAAAUAAGCCUAUUUCCCAGUUGUGCAACUUUUUCUUCCUUUAUUCAUUCCCAUACUUUCAAUAUUACAUUUACUAACUUAUGAAUUUCUAGCUUUAGUACCUAAUUUAAAUUGGGUAAAAAAAAAAGUGAUUUAUCUGUGAAACAGUUUUUCAAAAUAUUUCCAAAUGAACUGAAUUAUUAAUUAGUGUCCAUUCUAGUAUGUUAUUUAAGUCUAAACAUUUUAUUUUCUUUCUGUAUUGUAAAACAAACUAUAACACUUGUUUAUUCGGCAGUUGCUAGCUGGCCAGUCAUUCAUUUUUAGAUAAAUAAACAAUUAUAUAAUUUGUAAUGACUAAUGCUUGAAAGAUAUAAAACUUUUAACACUUGAGCCAUUAAAUAUAUAAUGUUAAUAAACUUAAUAACUCGUAGUACAUUGCAGUGUUUUUAGUCCAUAUUAUACUUUAAUAAUCAUCAAGGUAGUGAUAAAAUACUAUGUUAAGUUAAAGGUUUUUAAAAAUUUGCAUUCAUUGCACAAAACAAAUACAGGAUAAUCUAGAAAAUAUAUGUAUAUAAAUUCAAAGUACCUGAACUUCAUCAAUGAACAAUUGACAAGAAAUAUGAAAGGUUAAAGAUGAUUGUGAGAGAGUUAAAAGUGGGGGUAUAAUUUAGAUUAAUAGACUUACCUCUAUUAGGAGCUCCAAGUUUUGUUUUCCAUGUGACACAUUUUGAAAUGUCAUUGCAGAAGAGGAUGUUUUAAGAAAAUAAUGCUCAUUUAAAUGACACUAACAUAAUGGUGGUGCUCAUCUCAGCAGAUAAGUGAGUUUUCAUAAACCAUGAAAUUAUCCCAAGGACAUAGGGAGUUAAAUAAGUCAUCCUUCAUAUAAAAAGGGAAGAUUUAUCUCAAACGUAAAGAUUACACUAAAUUUCACUUAAAUAGCACAAUGUUUUUAGUUGGUUGGACAAAAAGAGAACCUGUUGUCCCAGGUAAGGAUGUAAUGGGAAAUAUCUGCAAGUAUACUACCAUUUGUUAUUUGGGAAUAUUUUGGUUAGAAUAACUACUGGUAUUCAUUAUAACUUGCCAUCUCAUGCAGGAAAUUAAUUUCUCAGUAAAAGUUGAAAUUAAAAAAAAAAUUAAAAUACGAAAGCAAAAUUAUUAAUAAAUUAAUUUUGUAGUGUGAAAGUUGAGAACUGGAAAAAGUUGUCAUUUAGUAAUAUGACAAAGAGAAUUUUUAAGUCUCAAGUAAAAAAAUAUUUCAAAGAAAAGUAGGGAUUGGUACUCUUUUAAUACCUACAGAACAAAAUUUAGGGCCAUGAAACCUGAAAUGAAUUUAUUUGCUAAGCAUAUGUAAUAAUGUAGCUUGACAAUGAGAAAAUUGCUCACCAUUAACAACUGUUAAACUUGUAACAAGGUUAUCAAUAUUUAAUUUAUUUGAUAAAAGAAAAUUCCUCGUUCUCUAAUACAGUUUAAUCAAGGCAUAUCUAACUUAUGUUUUCAAGGUAAGACAUGUUGCCUGUUUCAUUGUCUAAAUUAACUUUAGUAAACCACUGGUGUCCCUUUGAAACAACAAAAGAUGUUGAAAACCCCAAAGAUUUCUUAAUUUCAACAUAACACAUCCAAGUAUAAAAGAGAAGGGAAUUAUUUUUUUGUAUACAAUAGACUACUUUGUUAAAAUUAACAAUACUCUACAAAUUCUCUUGAUUCAUGUGCAGUACACUGUUGAAAGCUCCCUGAGAAAGCCAAGAAAUAAAGAUGCUAUCACAAAUAUGGAUACAGAUUAGAUCACAUUUAGGUAAAAUACUAGUUAUAACCUUAAAACUGUACUUUUCUUGAAAACUGUUGCAAAUUUCAUCCAUAUUUUAGUAUUUUAUCAUAAAUAGUUAGGCUGGUAAUGUAUUUUACUGGAUUAUACUAUCUAUCUAAGUUAAAAGUUUAUUGUUUAAUAAAGUUCAGAUAGUACAUUUGGCUUAUAACUGCUUCAAUUAUACUUUUAAAUCACCAUUUUAAUUGCUGAAGUUCCAACUUUGAUUAAGUUAUUUCUAUGCAAUUUCUCCUUGCAGCCAGCUAAUAAUAUUUUCUACCCUACAUUUCUUUGUUUCUUCUCACACUCUUCCUUCAAAUGUCAACUGCCAAAGCAUUCUAAACAACCUAUGAGGGAACUUCAAAAGAUAACAGCAUUUGAUUGAGUCCUAUUUCAAAUUUCAUUAUUAUUAAUUCAGUUUGGCUAGUUUUCCCAGUUUGUACUGACUUUGUGCUGGGCAAUAUAACUAAAUGUUUAAAAUUAUCUAAUUCACUUAAUUUUUUUCUCUGAAUGAAUCUUUUGUAAAGAGGAAGGUCAUUUAAAUAAUAAUUUAAAAAAGUUCAUGGUAUUUGUUUCAAACAAACAGUAGCUUAGCUUUUUGGAACGUUUUAUGCUUUUGUCUUUUCCGAGAUAAUUAAAAUUACACUGUAGGUAAACAUUGUUUCUUACACCCUGAAUGUUAUAUUUAUAAUAUCUAAUAUAUUUACUGCUGUUAGAAUAAAACUUAAAAGUUUAAGCACUUUAUAAAACAAUAAUGUAAUUUUGAAGUAGAGAAAAACUGCUGAACAAUUUUUGAUGGGCAAGAGACCUCAUAUGCUAUUACUGUAUUUUUUCUAUCUAAAUUUUGUAUAUUAAAGUCUCAUAGUUCUUCAACACAAAUCAUCGUAUUAUCAACCCUUAGAUAAAGCUGUUUUAAAAUAAGUCAGCUACAUAAGUUAGAAAAGAUACUAGCUUUUUAUUAACCCAAAAGUAAAAUUACAUACACAACAGUACAAUCUAAGUGACAUUUCAUUUGUAUAACUAAAAACUGGAAUAGAUGAAGAAUUUCUACUUUUUCAAUUAUAUAAUGUACUGUAUGUUGUAUUAGUAAAUUAUGGAUGAAAAAUAAAAAAUGUUGAAUUUA